CACACACCGCUCUAUUCGCUUCUUGGCCCUGGCCACGGUCAAACUACCAUUGCGCCACCACCGCCACCGACGUACCGCACACACGCACACCCGCGCGCCAUCAACGCCGCCACAAGUAAACGGUACACGAUAUACAUCCCGCCACAUUUUGGGCGAGUAUAUUGUAAUCUAUACCGCAGUUGGUGCGGUCGCAUUAUGAUUUGACGUAUUCAGAUAAUGGGAACAGGAGAUCGUUUAUUGGAUAUCCCGUGCAAAGUUUGUGGGGAUAGAAGUUCUGGCAAACAUUACGGCAUUUACAGUUGUGACGGUUGUUCAGGGUUUUUCAAAAGGAGCAUCCACCGGAACCGGGUGUACACGUGCAAGGCACAAGGCGAACUCAAAGGCAGGUGCCCCAUUGACAAGACCCACAGAAACCAGUGUAGGGCUUGCAGGCUCAACAAGUGUUUUCAGUCGGCGAUGAACAAGGACGCGGUGCAACACGAGCGAGGACCACGCAAACCAAAGUUGCACCAUCACCACCACCAUCAUCAUCACCACCCAAUGAAGGAUUCACCGCAGUCCACCGUCAAUCACCAACGACCACCUGGUCAAAUCCCGAUGAGCGCCGACCACAACAAUAUGAUCCAAAAGACGUCUUCGGCUUACCCGAAAACGCCGAUGGACACGACGUUACCACCCAUGCCAACUGCGCCUCCGUCGCAGCAACAUCACCACCAUCUUCAACAACAGCCACCACCACUCCCGCAGCAGCAGCAACAGCCACCACCACCGCCAACGCUUUUGCCACCCACGCCCCCACAAGGACACGUUUUCUUGGGGCAACAACAGCCACCGCCACCGCCCGGGCUCUUGCAGAUACUCAUGUCGGCCGAAAAAUGUCAGGAAUUGAUAUGGAGCGCAAAGAUGUCAGAAGCUUCGUCACCUAUUGGCAUACCACAACCAACUAGUCCUCAGAGUUCAAUGUCGUUGUCGUUGUCGCCAACUUGGGAAGUCUUACAGGAGACAACAGCUCGAUUACUCUUUAUGGCUGUUAGAUGGGUCCGAUGCUUGGCUCCGUUUCAGACCCUUUCCAAACACGACCAGUUGCUACUGCUACAAGAGUCAUGGAAAGAACUGUUCCUGUUACACUUGGCCCAGUGGUCAAUUCCUUGGGAUUUAUCACCACUACUAAAUUCAGAGAAAGCUCGCGAAAGGCUACCAGCGGACGACACAAAAGUCAACAACGAAAUGAAAAUCAUACAAGAGAUAUUGGCUCGUUUUCGGCAACUAUCGCCCGAUGGCAGCGAGUGCGGUUGCAUGAAAGCAGUUAUUUUAUUCACCCCAGAAACACCGGGCUUGAUCGACGCGCAACCGGUGGAAAUGCUCCAAGACCAGGCGCAGUGCAUAUUGGGUGAUUAUGUGCGCGGUAGGUACUCGAGACAACCUACAAGGUUUGGACGACUGUUGCUAAUGUUGCCCAAUCUUCGGGCAGUCCGGCAGGCGACCAUCGAGAGACUAUUCUUCAAGGAAACCAUCGGUGACAUACCUAUACAGAGACUGCUCGGCGACAUGUAUCAUAUGGAGAAGUCAUACGCGUAGUUAAGUGUUUAAUAUAUUAUAAUAUAGGUACAUAUAUAUAUAUAGUGAAACUUCCAUUUAACAAAAUCUUCUGUUUAACGAAAUACUUUUGAGAACGGAACCAAGUUUAUUUACUUCUAUUUACCAAAAUUCUCUGUUCAUAAAAAAAAUUUCUUUUGCCGAUGAGACUUCUUAGUAUGGAAGUUUCGAUGUAUUACACUACUAUACAUAUAUUGCGUUGUACUAGUCUAAGUCUAAAUAAAUAUGCCAUAAUAUAUAGAAGCAGUAGAAUUUAUAGUGUUAUUAAUACUAUUGUUCUACAAGUUUAUAUACAAGAUCUGUACCUAUAUAAAUGUAUUAUAACUAUAGGUAUAGGCGUACUUUGUGCAUUUGUACUAAUUUUAUACUUACACCUUUAAAUGUAUUGGGAAUAUAACAUAUAAUUACACUUUAGUGCACUGAGUAGGAAUAUAAAAGGAUAUGCCUAUUGCCUGCCUAUAAGCUCUCAAAUUGUGUUGUUAUGAAUAAUUUCGAAUUUUAUUUCUCCGGAAUUCUGAAAUCUUUCAAUUUAUUGAUGAAACUAACCAAUUAAUUGAAACAUGUUUUUAAGUGUUAAUAUAGAUAGGUAUCAUAUUUGUAGUUUGCAUAUUAUUUAUAAUAUUUAAAUUCGAAUUUUCAAGAACUUCCUUCACUGUUACACACAAAUAGGACUAUGGGAGUACAUUUUUCGUAGUUUUUAUUUAGUUUCAUCAUGCCAACAUCAAGUAAUUUAAAAAUUUCAAGAAUAGAGAAUUGGGUGUAAUUAUCUAUUCCUGAUUAUUCUCAAUAUUCCAGUAUUUGUCUACAACACAACUCGUCAUCCGAGUUUUAAAUAUAAGUAUUUAUGUUAUGUUUAACUUUUUUAUUUUAUUGAAAUCAGCUAAAAGUUAAGAAAUAAUAUGUGUAGGUUUACCUUACAUUUAAUAUUUAUAUAAUAUAGUCAAUAAUAGCCGCGAGAACUUCUCUAGUCAUGAUUUAUUUUG